AUGGAUGCUGAUGGUGACGACACCUUCGUCGCUGAGACAACAGUUGACGACGGUAGUGUGCAACCGGAAGACCACAUGAGCGCACCCGAUUCCAACGGAUCUGGACUUCAUCAAUCAGUGGCUCCCGAAAAUGCGCCCAUCCCGCAAACUCGUCCAGACGCUCGCGUGAUUGAUCCCUCAGCAAGCAACGCCCUUUCACACGAAAUCGGCAUGGUUUCUCUGGGCAGCAACCAGGACCCCAAGUACAUCGGACCUUCUAGUGGAUACUUCCUGGCCCGUCUGAUGCUGAAUUCCACGCGCCAAGAAGAUCAGGCAGCGUGGCCCUCCAGGACGCCGGCGCAAAACAGCCCGUUCCCGACGGCACUCGUCGAGGCGAUGCAGGGCCCGCUUCCGUUGCCGGGCAAGGAACAAGCCCGCCAGCUCGCCGAGAUGUACUUCGACGUCAUCAACGUGCAGUACCCCAUCCUACACCAGCCGACGUUCAUGAUGCUGCUGGACCAGGUGUAUGAGAAUGGCUUGGAGGCGGAGCAUGGCCCGACGGGUGCUUUCCAAGUCUUCAUGGUGCUGGCGCUCGGAGCCACGGUCCUUUCCCGUCGGACGAGGGCCAGGCUUUCUGGGGAAUCGUACUGCUUGUCAGCCCUGCAGUACUUUGAUCGGAUCAAUGUUGAGAAUUCCAUUCGCGGGCUGCAGUGUUUGCUGCUACUGACGAUAUUUACCAUGCACAGCGCGUGCAUGCGUUUGGAUGUGUGGUAUCUCAACUACCAAUGCAUUGCUGCCGUUCUUGACUUGGGUCUUCAGCGAGACAUCAACACUAAUGCGGGAAUUUCUCUGCUAGAGCAAGAGAUGAGGACGAGGAUAUUCUGGGUUGUUCUCACCCUUGACAGGAUGAUUGCCACGAUGAUGGGCCGACCUAUUGGGCUACGAGAUGAAGCCUGUGACCUUCGACUGCCCCAAAACAUCGAUGACUUCGCACUGCACAAUUUCGCCCAACCAGCUGGAUCUGCACCAAUAGGCCGCAUGGCUUUCUCCAUCCACCUGUUCAGACUAGCCAAGCUCAACUCAGAGUUCAAAUACGUCGCCAAUAGCAUUGUCCGCGAUACCCCUCGAUAUGCCUACCCUGCAGUCAUCGACAUCAACGAAUGGCAAAAUGGCAUGCUUCAGCAGUUGGAUGAAUGGCACAGCACCAUCCCUCAACACCCUGGAGUGGAGUACGUCCAGAUUGUCUGCCGGAUUAGAUACCACGGGCUCCGGAUGCUACUUCUGCGGCCCAGUCCCGCGAUACCCAACCCGUCGUCGGACUCAUUACGCAAGUGCUUCGACGCCGCGUGCCAGGGCGUCCGUCUCCUGGACCAGCUAUACAAGCAAAACAUGCUGAUGCACGCCUGGAACACGCCCCAUUCAAUCGUCUUGAGUAUCAUUACCAUGCUGUAUUGCAUCAAAAUGGUACCCGAGAUUGCUCGUCAAACAGCAUUAGACUCCCUCAUGUCCGACUUCAGUGCCGGAUUGGGGGUCUUGGCCGCCACCGGAGAGCAUUGGUCUGGAGCGAAGCGGUGCCGAGAUAUUCUCGACGACAUGAUUCGCGCCACUGUUCGUUGGAUCAAAGACAUGCUGAGCCAACCUGCCACGUUGGACGUGCCGCAGCAUCGCAGGUCCUCGCGUCUGGAAUCUACACAGGCACCACCGCUCAACCCGUACGAUCCCAAUCUCAAUGGCGCUUCAGCAGGCAGAAUCGGCUUCUCUGAGAGCCUGUCUCACCCGAUUACUAUGGCAUCAAUGACCUCAAACGGACCAGAGGCAUUUCUACCCCAAGACCCGUUCGAGUCGUUCUUGUCUAACACAGCUUUCGGUGACCAACUGCAGAUGGGAGAGGGAUCGAACUUGGAUAGCAUCAUGCGUGGUCUUUUUGACGACUUCAUACCGACAUACCCUAGCUUCUCUUGA